GUUUUAUGACCCCACAAUCCCUUUCUUUUCGCCAAAUUCCACAAAUUCCUGUUACUAACCUAAUUUUUCACUGCACACGAUGCCAAUUCCGAACGUGUCGAAAUGCACACGGACGUGACUUUAAUGCACCUUUUACUGGCGUAAUUACCUGAAACAUGAAGCAAGAUCUAUAAAUAAGUGGGAGAGUUUGGUAGCUUGAAAGCUUUUGGUCUCGCUGCUCAUCUUCAGGAACUUGCAGCUGUUUGUGUCACCAUGAGGUUAGUGCUUCAGCAGCUGCUCCUUUCGUGCUUUCAACAAUAGUCCACACACACACACACACACACACAUAUAUAUAUACACUAAAGACGUUUUGCUUACAUGUCAGUCUGGUCAGUUUUCCCCUGAAGUGUGGAGCAUCAGCCUGGAGAUGGGUCACGCAGGAGGAUCUCUGCUUUUGGGGAUUUUUCUUCUUCUAAUCGGUCUAGGUCCAGGUCAGUGCUCUCCUGACGAGACAAGACUGGUGAAGGAUCUGUUUAAGGGCUAUAACAAGGUGGUCCGGCCCGUCAGCCACUUCAGGGACGCAGUAGUGGUGACUGUCGGGCUGCAGCUCAUCCAGCUCAUCAAUGUGGAUGAAGUUAAUCAGAUCGUCACCACUAACGUGCGUGUCAAGCAGCAAUGGAAGGAUGUCAAUCUUAUUUGGAAUCCAGACGACUACGGAGGAAUCAGGAAGAUUCGGAUUCCCUCCAGGGACAUCUGGAAACCAGAUUUAGUGCUCUACAACAAUGCAAAUGGAAACUUCGCCAUCGUGCACGAGACGAAGGUCAUGCUGGAACACACCGGGCAGAUCACGUGGAAUCCUCCAGCCAUCUUUAAGAGCUACUGUGAGAUCGUCGUCGUUUAUUUUCCAUUCGACCUGCAGAAUUGCAGCAUGAAGCUCGGCAUUUGGACCUACGAAGGCCACCUGGUUGUCAUUAACCCGGACAGCGAUCGUCCGGACCUCAGUAACUUCAUGGAGAGCGGCGAGUGGGUGAUGAAGGACUACCGGAGCUGGAAACACUGGGUUAACUACGCAUGCUGCCCAAACAGACCAUACCUGGACAUCACCUAUCACUUCCUGAUGCUCAGACUGCCGCUGUACUUCAUCGUCAACGUCAUCAUCCCCUGUAUGCUCUUCUCCUUCCUCACCGGUCUCGUCUUCUACCUGCCCACCGACUCUGGUGAGAAGAUGACCCUGAGCAUCUCUGUCCUGCUGUCUCUGACCGUCUUCCUCCUGGUGAUCGUCGAGCUGAUCCCGUCCACCUCCAGCGCCGUGCCGCUCAUCGGCAAAUACAUGCUCUUCACCAUGAUCCUCGUCAUCACCUCCAUCAUCAUCACUGUCAUCGUCAUCAACACGCACCACCGCUCUCCCAGCACGCACACCAUGCCUCCUUGGGUCCGCAAGAUCUUCAUCGACACCAUUCCAAACUUCAUGUUCUUCUCCUCCAUGAAGCGGCCGUCUCAGGAGCGGAAAGUCAAACGGCCUUUGCAAGUCGACCUCGACAUCUCGGACAUCUCUGGAAAACCGGUGCCUACGUCCGUCACAUUCCAGUCACCCAUCAUCAAAAACCCGGACGUUCAGGGCGCCAUUGACGGUGUCAAGUACAUCGCUGAUACCAUGAGGAGUGAUGAAGAGUCCAACCAUGCUGCUGCGGAGUGGAAAUUUGUGGCCAUGGUGCUGGAUCACAUUCUGCUCUGCGUCUUCAUGGCUGUGUGUAUCGUUGGCACGGUCGGAGUCUUCGCCGGACGCCUCAUCGAGCUCAACAUGCUGUGAGAAGGACACUGACUUGAGGCCGGAAGUUAAGCCAGGGGCUGGAGUUUAGCACCGGCUCCCCGUCUUACAGUGGUGUGCUGGGCCACACGGGCACCGAGGUCUGCUCGGAUUGGAUGCUAAAGGCACGUUAAGUUUGGUUUACUGACAAAAGCUCAGAUAAUAAUGAUAAUAAUGAUAAUAAUUUUCUUGAACUGAAACAUAUUUCCAGGAAAAAUCCACCCUGAACGCUGCCAAUCUUGUUUUAUAUACAUUGUCAUGAUCUUUAAGUGCGUCCACACUUUUCAUCUGUAAUGGCAACCUUGAGAAACCUUGUGUUUUUUAGUUUAAAUGUCUUUCAGGGUGAACCCUCGCUUCAUUUUUUAAUCUGCACUUGUACACGAUGCAGCAGCGCUACACCUCUCACCCCUCCUUACACUCGUCAUCUCAUAAAGAACCGGUCUAAAGUUUGGACACACCUUCUAUUUUUUUGGUUCCGUUACUUAAUACUAAAGAUUUCAAAUCUAUGAAAUAACACAUAAAGGAAUUAUUUAAACCCAUCAAGCUCUAUGAUGAACCAUCUCUCAUGAAGACCUUCCCACGUACCUCUGCUGCAGAGAAGUUCAUUCUGUUACCAGCCUCAGAAAUCACCAAUUAACAAACAGCACCUCAUUAAAGCCAUAAAAAAGAAAUUUAAAAAAUCAGGAAAGACCAUGGAGUUAAAAGGGGUGUACAAACUUUUGAGCGGUAGCAAAGUCCACAAAUUCACCUUAUAUACUGUUGCAUUAUAUAAAUGAACUUUCACUAGUAAGUUUCCACCACUUCUUUUUUCUAUUAGACUACCUUCUCAAAGGAUUUGAGAAAAACAGCACAAACUGCUAAACGUGAGGGCUGAACAAAAAGGAUGUUUUUAAAUUUAAAUCUAAAAGUAAUGCAAAAGUUGUCAGAACUUUCUUUUAAAUACCUGACAUACACUAUAUGGACAAAGGUUUUUGGCCAGACCUGCAAUGACAUUGUAUCCAAGUUCAUCUACUUCAAUAUGGAGUCGGUCCCCUUUUGCAGCUAGAACAGAUUCCACUCUUCUUGAAAGGCCCUCCACAAGAUUUAGGAGGGUUUCUGUGGGAAUUCAUGCCCAUUCAUUCUGCAAUUAUGAGCUCAGGCACUGAUGUUGGAAGAGAAGGCCUGGAUGCCUGGCUCACAAUCUCUGUUCCAGUUCAUCCCAAAGGGGCUCAAUGGGGUUGAGGUCAGGGCUCUGUGUUAGGGCCGGUCGAGUUCUUCCACACCGAAACCGAACUCAAUAAACCUUGUCUUUAUAAAAGUUGUGGACUGGCGCACAUUCAUGUUGGAAUGGAAAAGGGAAUUCACCAAACUCUCGCCAAAAAGUUGGAAGCAUAGCAUUGUCCAAGAUGUCUUGGUAUACUGAAGCAUUAAGAUUGUCCUUCACUGGCGAUAAGGGGUCUGAUUGAUUGAUUGAAACACAUGUUCACACAACACACAAUUCAAUAAUUAACAGGUUUAAACAAAUACCUUUGCCCACAUAGUGUAGGUGGUUGAAAUUGGACAUGUUGGUAGACGCUUCCUCUAUACUAAGGUCCUACAGUACUUAUCAUAGUCUCCAUCACAAAUGAUGCAUUUGCGCUACUGUCAAGCCCAACUCUCGAAUCCUCUUUGGAAAUCCCCUUUGUCAUAGUUCGAUCUGCAUCAUUUGCUUUCAAUGCUGAUUUCCCCUUCUUUUAACUUCAUCAUCCAUCCAUCUGUGAACUUCGCUCAUCAAGUCUUACUCUAUCAACAUGUGCAAUUUGAACAACUUGCAUCAGUUAAUAAAAAAGUUCUGCCCAUGUCUGCAUGACUUUCCGUACAGCCGUCGUACUCCAACGUAAAUGAGUUUUAAGCGUUUUUCUUAAAUUGUGAAAUGGCGUUUUUUUCUCGUGGUUUGGUCUGAUUGGCAUCAGUUUGAUUUAUCAGAAGUCCUUGGUAAUGCUUCGACCACAGAUUCGUCACAUGUUCAGUCUGUGCCGAGAAAAAUGAAGAUGUCUGAAGCAGCACAGGAGUCUGCUUUGUGAUGAUUUACUGUGUAAAAGGGUUUCUUGUUGGUCUGGUUGGAGGAUUCACAGGCGAUGCACAAUAACUGAUGAUGAUGAUGUGUUUUUCCUACAAAAGUGUUUAUUUUACUUAUUUUAAAUUGUUUUUUUUUUCCCUACAAAAUCAUUGACGUGACUGAGUUCUGUGAUGAAACAAAAACUGCAAAAUGAAAGCCUUAAGAUUUUGGGGAAACUGUAUUUCUUUCUGCAAAACAGUUAACAUGACAAUGAGAGCAGGGAGUUUAUUUUUUUAUUCCGUGCUUUUGAGUUUGCAUCGAGAUAUUGUAUUUUAUUAACUUUUUAUACUCAUCACUAAAAACAGAAUUGAAGAAAUUUCUUUUUUUUCUUUCUUUCUUUUUCUUCUUUCUGUCUGUUAAAGACUCUAAUCGCAGAACUCCACACGUGUACACUCCAGAAUGAAACCUUCCACUGUGUAAUGAGCAUUAUUUGAUUAUCAUAUGAUUUGAUUUAACUUGUGUCAUUAAUGCAGAUUUGAAAGUGUGUUUUAAUAGUUUUUUUUUCCCUUUGAUUAUGAGCUUGCGAGCCUUUUUUUUUUUUAACAGCUUCUUUGUUUUCACAAAAGUGUGUGGACUGAUUUGAUGACAUUUUUCUACCAUUUGUGAUGAUUUGUGUAUUUCCUGUUGGUGUUGCAUGCAAAACAUGGCAACAGCAGAGCCUUUGUAUUGUCAUAUGAAGUAUAGUUAGACAUCAAUGACUUCUCUGACUUUUAAAGGUAAACACAGGUUUGUAGCUUAAAUCACUUUAAUAUGUGAAUGAAUAAAACCCUUUUUUCACCUAACGUGUGGUAUAAAUUGUUUUAACAUGUUUAUGUUUGUUCUAUUUCAGUUUUGCAAUAAAUGAUUGUCUUAA